GUGGAACAGUCCCGGGCAGCAGCACUAUGAGAGGCGGAGGGGCAGACAUGAGGCAGAGGAGCCUGGAAUACAGUGUGGAGAGACGGGUGCUGGACGAGGAGACCCUGGAGGAGGUGGCACAGCGGAGGGAGCCGGGACCCCAGGCCCCGCUGGCACACAGGCUGAGAGACUCGCUCAGCUGCUCAGGCCCCAGGCUGAAGCGUGUGGUGCUCAGGUGUGUCCCUGUCCUCUCCUGGCUGCCCCGUUACUCCUUCAGGGACUACGCCCUGGGGGACCUCGUCUCCGGGAUCAGCGUGGGCAUCAUGCACCUGCCGCAGGGGAUGGCCUACGCUCUCCUGGCCUCGGUGCCCCCUGUGUUCGGCCUGUACUCCUCCCUCUACCCCUUCCUGGUGUAUUUCAUCUUCGGGACAUCCCGGCACAUCUCGAUAGGCACCUUUGCGGUGGUCAGCAUUAUGGUGGGCGGGGUGACGGAGCGCGUGGCUCCAGACCACGACUUCCUGGUAAACGGCACCAACGGGUCAGGCGUCAUCGACAUCGCGGCACGAGAUGCUCAGAGGGUCCAGGUGGCCGUGGCGGCCACUGUCCUGGCUGGGAUUUUCCAGGUGGUUCUGGGUCUGGUGCGGUUCGGCUUCGUGGUGACCUACCUGUCCGAGCCUCUGGUCAGGGGGUACACCACAGCUGCUGCCACUUAUGUUGUCAUCACGCAGCUCAAAUACAUCUUCGGCAUCCACCCCAAACGACACAGCGGCCCUCUAGCACUGGUGUAUAUCGUGGUCGGGACCCUCGUCUCCAACCUGGCCUGGCUGGACCCCCGGUACGGCGUUGAGGUGGUGGGGGUGAUUCCUAGCGGUCUGAAGCCCCCCAGACCCCCAAACGUCAGCCUGUUCAGGGAGGUGAUUGGAGACGCAUUCGCUUUGGCCAUCGUGGGCUACGCCAUAUCCAUCUCUCUGGGCAAAACCUUCGCGCUCAAGCACGGCUACAAGGUGGACAGUAACCAGGAGCUGGUGGCUCUGGGCCUCAGUAACACGUUCGGGGGGUUUUUCCAGUGCUACUCCGUCUGCUCCUCCAUGUCCCGCAGCCUGAUACAGGAGAGCACAGGGGGCAAGACCCAGAUAGCGGGGCUGGUGUCCUCAGGGAUCGUCCUGAUCACCGUGCUGAAACUGGGCUCACUGUUCCAGGAGCUGCCCAAGGCUGUGCUGUCGGCCAUCGUGUUCGCCAACCUCAGGGGGAUGUUCCGGCAGUACGGGGACAUCUGCAUGCUGUGGAGGACCAGCCGGGUCGACCUGGUGAGGGGGUACCCUCGCUUCUCCGUCCUGGGGCAGAUUCCCGGCACUGAGAUCUACCUGGACGUGGAGACGUACUCUGAGGCCAGGGAGAUCCCAGGCAUCACCAUCUUCCACUCCUCCGCCACCAUGUACUUCGCCAACGCCGACAUGUACCUGGAGGCGCUGAAAGAAAAGAGUGGGAUCGACAUCGGAAAGCUGCUGAUCUACAAGAAGAAGCUGGAGGGCAGGGAGUGCUGGGCUAGGAAGCAGCCCCCCCCCCACCUCAAAACCACACAGAACGAGCCGGGCCCUUGCAGACCCAUGGCACAGUAA